AUGCUCUAUGUGAUUAUUUUUUCUGACUUCAGAGAUAUUCUGAAUUUCUUGCGAGAGGGGGAGCUGCCUCAGAGAGACAAUGUCCAUGCGGUGCACAGAGAAGCUCAGUACUAUGCUAUUGGGCCUCUUUUGGAAAGCCUAGAAGACACACAGCCACUUACUGGAGAGAAAGUGCGACAGGCUUUUCUUGAUCUCUUGCCCUAUUACAAAGAAAAUAUACAGCGUAUUGUGGAGAUUGCUAAACUCCGUGCCAUGCAGCGAAAGGCUCGUUUUGCGAAACUGAAGAUCUGCGUGUACAAGGAGGAGAUGCCCAUAACCCCUUAUGAAAGACCGCUCUUCAACUCAUUGAGAUUUGAGCGUUCGGAGAGCGAGGCCAAGCUGUUUGAGCACCAUUGUGAGGUUGAUGUGUCCUUCGGGCCCUGGGAGGCAGUGGCGGAUGUUUAUGACCUUCUUCACUGCAUAGUAAGCGAUCUGGCAGAGCGUGGUAUCAAUGCUGACCAGCAAUGCAUCGGUGUCUGUGAUAAACACCUCAUUAAUCACUACUACUGCAAAAGGCCCAUCUAUGAGUUUAAAAUCACCUGGUGGUGAAGGCUCCAGUGGUGCCAAAGAUGUAAAUGCUCAAUGUCUGAGCAAGUAAAUGAUAUUUGCUGCUGUCUAUACUGUAGUUAUGUCAAACCAGCAGGGUCCCGGUAUUCUACUCAAAAGUGUGGAAAUAAUGAACAAGACUGCAGUUUUUGAAUGUUACUUUGGCUCUUUUGUUUCUUCACGGACCUAUCACAGAACAGUUUGCAACCUGUAGUUGAACUUUUUUAGGGCAGCUUUAUUGAUCCCUUAGUUUUUGUAAGUACCGGUAAUUGUUUAGUUUUAGUUUUAGUUUAUUUAGAAUAAACCCUACUUGGAAUUGUUUUUUUUUCAGUUGUAGUUUAAAGGGGUUUCCUGGAAUAGUCUUCAGAGGAUGUUCACUUAUGUGAAACAGUGUUUUCUGUACUAAAUAUCUCUGCAAAGGAAGAUCCCAUGAAGUGCAGUGAAUGUAUUAAUGGCUUGAUCAAAUUAUCAAACAACUGGACUCAUGUGGCCAAUUCAGAGGUCUCUAAUUGCUUGUGCUGUAUUUCUCUUGAAGGAAACUUUUUUCUCUCUCCCCAACAGUAUUUUAAAGUGAUUUCACCCAAUUCAUUUUACUUGAAUUAAAUAUUUAGGGCUUGAACAAUAUUAUGUUGCCAAUAGAGAACGCUGCAGUCCAAUGCCAAUAGAUAAAUUGCUUUAUUUAGUGUACCAAGGACUCUUUUGGAAUUUAUAGCCACACAAAGCUUCACAUAAGGCCUUCUAAAAAUAACCGUACAUAUCUUUAAAUAUCACAGAGAGCUAUCUUUUCUACCAGACAAGCAUACAUCUUUGAUUUAUUUCAAAAGUAUAGAUAAAACUCGAAAUUAAAGAGAGCCCAAAAUAGAAAAAGUUCUAAAAAUAUUUACUUCUGUAGGGCAGUUUAUGCACUCGAUCUUAAAUAUUGUGUAUAUUACAAGAAGUAUAUUUAUAUCGAUACUAAAAAGACUGUUAGUAAUCUUAUUGCCGUUUAGAUUACCACUCACAUCUCACUUAAACUCUUCAUUUAAACACCACUUGGGACACUUUAUCAAAAGAAAUUCUGCUGCCAAUAGCAUUUGCCCAGCAUCUGCCAUAACCCUCUCCAUAACAGCUGCACGUGAUCUCUGUUAUUAGUGUGCUACAAUAAUUGUGAAGGACACACGAAGUUGCAUGAGCUCUCUAUGAGUGUUUUAGCAGCAGAAUAUUUAAAUACAAGUUAUAAUAAUGCAUCUGAUAAUCCUAAGUGGGAUUUAUUUUCAUGUUGCUGAAAUCUACACUGAUACUAGUUUGGUGAAUACUUUUGUUUGUAUAGCAUUAUUGUACUUCUCUAUUGUGCUGAUAAUAAACCAUAUAUUUUGCAAUUUAUUAAAAAAAAAAAUAUAUAUAUAUAUAUAUAUAUAAACUGGUGGCCAAAAGUGUACAGAUUUUGUGGUUUGGAAGGAAAUUGGUACUUUAAUUCACCAAAGUGCCAUUCAACUGAUCAAAAAGUAUAGUCAGGACAUUACUGAUGUAAAAAACAGCACCAUCACUAUUUGAAAAAUGUUAUUUUUGUUCAAAUCUGGACAGGUCCCGUUUUCAUCAGCCAUCACUCCAGCCUUGAGUAAUCAUGCUAAAUUGCUAAUUUAGUUCUAGAACAUCACUCGCCAUUGUAUCAAACACAGCUGAAAGCUAUUUGGUUCAUUAAAUGAAGCUUAACAUUGUCUUUGUGCUUGUUUUUGAGUUGCCACAGUAUGCAAUAGACUAGUGUUUCUCAACUGGUGGGUUGCAGGUCUGUUCGGGCUGGGUCACGGACAGCAUGGAAAGAACAUGCAUGAUUCUCCCAUUUAAAAAUUUUCGCCAGCUGCCCAAGUAAAAUUUCAGCACCCAUUUGAAUUCCAGUGAGAAAUUUUUAAAUUGAGUUUAAAUUGCUAUGGAGGAAGUCAAACCUCUAAAACAGGCAGCCCCGACAUUUUAAACAGCAAAGGGUGAAACAGAAAACAAUGUGCUAUGUGCCAAAAUAA